CUCUUCUUUUUUGUGGAUAGGAAGAUAGUGCUUUGCAUAGAGAGUAGUAUUUAUAGUAUCGUGCGUGGCCUAUUAGGUUCUAAGAGCCUUAGGAACUCUAUUGUUUAUAACAUCGUAACAAAGAAGAUGGUAGUCUCUAGCACCGAUGAAUUUCAGGCCACAGUUCAGAAAAGUUAUGACAAAAUGAGUGAGUUAAAAGCCUUUGAUGAUACAAAGGCUGGUGUCAAAGGACUCGUUGAUGCUGGAAUCACUAAAGUACCUCAAAUAUUCAUUCUACCACCAAAUAACAGGACGGAGUCCUUGGAUACAAGUGAAAAACAGUUCAUUUUCCCAGUCAUAGACUUUGAAGGUAUUGACGAGGACCCAAUAAAGCGUAAAGAGAUUGUGGGAAAAGUUCGAGAUGCAUCGGAGACAUGGGGUUUCUUCCAAGUGGUAAAUCAUGGCAUUCCAACAUCUGUUCUGGAAGGAAUGCUGCAAGGAACACGUGAGUUUUUUGAGCAAGAUAUAGAGGUUAAGAAACAAUAUUACACUCGAGAUAUCAUGAAGAAGGUGGUUCAUAAUAGCAAUUUUGAUUUGUAUAGCCCUUCGGUUCCAGCUGCAAAUUGGAGAGACUCCUUUUGCUUUUCAAUGGCUCCUAAUCCUCCCAGUCCAGAAGAAUUUCCAAGACCAUGCAGGGAAAUACUAAUGGAUUACUCCAAGAAUGUGAUGGAAUUGGGCUGUUCCUUGCUUGGAUUAUUGUCAGAAGGUCUCGGUCUUGAUCCUUGUCAUCUCGAAGAUAUGGAUUGCGUGAAGGGGCUCGGUGUUGUGGGCCAUUACUAUCCACCAUGCCCUCAACCAGAACUCACCAUAGGCACCAAUACACAUUCUGAUAAUGAUUUUAUCACAGUGCUUCUACAAGAUCAUAUCGGAGGACUCCAAGUCCUUCACCAGAAUCAGUGGGUUGAUAUUCCUCCUACAUCUGCUGCUCUUGUGGUGAAUAUUGGAGAUCUUUUGCAGCUCAUUUCAAAUGACAAGUACACAAGUGUUGAACACAGAGUAUUGUCAAAUAAAGUUGGACCAAGAAUAUCAGUUGCAAGCUUCUUCACUACUGGUCCAUUUCCAUCUCCGAAGCUCUAUGGACCAAUUGCUGAAUUGUUAUCAGAAGAUAAUCCUCCGAAAUAUCGUGCAACCACAGUGACGGACUAUAGUGAUUACUUCCGUAAGAAGGGUUUAGAUGGAACUUCUGCACUGUUGCACUUCAAGAUCUAAUCCUAGUAAUGAAACAAUUAAAUGUAUGAUGAAUAUUACCGAGAAUUUAACUUUUUAUUAUAUCUUAAGCUGAAGUUUCAUAGAUGUUGAAACAUGAACUAUUAUGAUCUUUGCAAGAUCGUACUCGUGACUGAUAAGACUCAUAAUAUAGUGUGGUGCAGAAGGUUUAUGACGGAUAGAUGUAUUUCAUACUUACAAAAUGUUGUUUUCUCCCUUCCUCUUGUCUAAAAAUUACCCUUCUUAUGAAUUCAGACUCAUGUCAAAGGGUCUGCAUCUCAGUCCUAGUCAUCUCUGUUGAACUGUUUGUAAUCAUCUCGUCUAAAUUGUGGAUAAAUGUUCUAGCUGA